AUGGAUCAGAAACUUUCAGAGUUGGUAGAAGAGCUCACAACUUCAGGAGAGCCCCAAGUGAACCCCGAGAAAAUGAAGGAACUGAAGAAAAUUUGCAAGUCUUCAGAGGAGCAGCUUGGCCACGCCUACCACCUGCUGAUGGCCCAGCUGAGCCAGGAGCACGCGGAGAUCCGCCUCUCCGCCUUUCAGGUCCUGGACCAGCUCUUUGCCAGGUCUCACCAGUUCAGGACGCUGGUCGUUUCCAACUUCCAGGAGUUCUUGGAGCUCACGCUGGGCACCGACCAUGAGCGGCCCCUGCCACCCCCCAGGGAGGUGGCACAGAGACUGAGGCAGGCGGCCACCCGGGCCGUCCGUGGCUGGAACGAGAAGUACGGCACAGCCUAUAAGAAGCUGGCCCUAGGCUUCCACUUCCUAAAGCACAGCAAACAGGUAGAUUUCCAAGACGUGGAUGCUCGCACUCUGGCAGAAAGAAAGCGAGCAGAAGAGAAACAGAAGCGCUUGGACAGAAUCUACAAGGAAAGGUCUGAGUGGGCAGCGAGAGAGAUGGAAGAGAUGUCCACGGAGAUCCGGGGCUGCCUCACCGAGCUAGAGAGCUGCUUCCAACUGCUGCUGCCCUUUGACCUCAACCUGGGCCCUGGGGCCGCCGGGUGCCCCGUGCCCGAGGAGGGCGACAGGGACGAGGAGCAGCCCUGCUGCAGCAAGAGCCUGCCCGCCUGCACACGCCACCCAGGAGCCGUGGGCACGGGAGGGCCGCCCCUGGAGGACGAGGACGGCGACCUGGACGGGUUCGUGCGGCAGCACGGGCUGGGCUCCCGCCAGUACACGCUGGCCGUGGACCUUUCCUCAGACAGCCUGAGGGUGUGUGAGAACGAGGACAACUCGGCUGUCAUCCGUGCGGCGCAGGAUGCGCUCAGGCUCAUCCAGAACAAGCUCCUGCCGGCCACAUGUUCCUGGGUCCAGCUGUUCACUCGUGCGGGGACACAUGGCGGGCACUUGGAGGGCGCCAUCCACCUGAAGGCCGAGCUGGAAACCGCCUUGAAGAGGUCCCGGGAGCUGGACAUCGCACCUGAGGAGGGCCGCAGGGGCGAGACAGCAGGCCCCGAGGACGAGGAUGAGGACGAGGAUGACUUCCUGGAGGUCCCGGAGAAGGAGGGCUACGAGGCCUGUGUCCCCGAGCACCUGCGGCCUGAGUGCGGUGAGCAUCAGCGUGGGCCAGGAGGGGGGCCCUCAGGACGGCUGGAGGAAGGUCUGGCUGCACCAGACUCGCAGGCGAGGAAGAAGCUUGGGACAGACAUGGAUGCCUGCGACCCCACCUCUGCGGCCGCCCAGCAGCAUCGGCUCCAGCCCCACGGGCCCCCAGCCUCGCCCCCGAGCCCCAGGGCUCUGCUAGCACCCGAUCAGGCCGCGCGGCGGGCGGCAGAGCAGGCCCGAGCGCCUGUUGUCCCCUUCGGGGUGGACCUGUGCUACUGGGGCCAGGAGGAGCCGGCGGCCGGCAAGGUCCUCAAGUGUGACUCAGAGCACCGCUUCUGGAAGCCCUGCGAAGUGGAUGCCGAGGUGGACAGCGCCGCCGUCUCCGAGGCCCUGAGGAGCCGCUGCUUCACCUUCGCGGGGCGGUUCGAGCCUGUGCAGCACCGCUGCCGCGCCCCACGGCCCGACGGCCAGCUCUGUGCGCGCCAAGACCGCCUGAAGUGCCCUUUCCACGGGAAGAUCAUCCCAAGAGACGACGCGGGCCAGCCCCUCCGUGCGGAGGACAGGGCCCGGGAGCAGAGGCAGCAGCUACAGAGGCCAGCGGGGCGCCCAGACUGGCAGGACCCCGAGUUCCUGAGGGACGUUGAGGCGGCCACCGGGGUGAAUCUGGGCUCAUCCAGGCCUGGCGGGAAAGGCAAGGGCAAGCGGCGGAAGCACCCGGGCCUCACCGACCUCAAGCGGCAGGCUGACACGGCCCGCGCGCGCAUUGCCAAGAAAGUGUUCGCCAAGGCAGCCGUGCAGAGGGUGGUCACUGCCAUGAACCAGAUGGACCGGAAGAAGCACGAGAAGUUUGCAAAUCAGUUUAACUACGCCCUGAAUUAG